AAAACCCUAGUUGAACAAUCGGAAGCCAAAAACCCAGGAGGAGGAGGAGGAGGAGGUGGAAGAGGAAGAGCAGAAAUGGGAAAGAUCCCAAUUUCAUUGCGUUCAGCAAUCCCAAAAACAGCAAAGAUGAAAAAGCCUCCUCUUGUUCCGGCAGCGUCUCCAUCUCCAUCUGAAAAAUCUUGUCACUUUCCCAAGAAAAAGUUAUCCGAACUUGCUGAGAAAACCAAACUUCCAGUCUCUCCUGGAACCCACCAACAAAAGCCCCUCUUCAAGUCUCCGGAACUGGAUGACGCCAAGAAACUCUUCCAUUCUGUCAUUUCCACCACUCGUGCUCCAUUGGAUCUCCGCUUCCACAAUUCUUUCCUCCAAUCUUACGCCUCAAUCUCUACCAUCGAUAACUCCAUCUCCCUCCUCCACCACAUGGUAAAAGCUCUCCCUUCCUUCACCCCGGAACGAUCCACUUACCAUAUUUUACUCUCCCAGUCCUGCAGAAUCACUGCUUCCUCCCUCUCCCCUGUUCACCAGAUUCUCAAUCUGAUGGUCAAUAAUGGGUUUGAACCUAACCAAGUUACUGUUGAUAUUGCAGUACGGUCUCUCUGUUCUGUUGGACGAGAAGAUGAUGCUGUUGAAUUGGUAAAAGAAUUAUCCUUAAAGCACUCAAAGCCUGAUACUUACACUUAUAAUUUUCUGGUUAAGUGCUUGUGCAAGUGUAAGGCAUUGAGUACUGUUUAUAAUUUUAUCGAUGAAAUGAGAUCUUCAUUUGAUAUAAAGCCUGAUCUUGUUACCUAUACUAUUUUAAUUGAUAAUGUUUGUAAUUCUAAAAAUCUCCGUGAGGCUACAAGGUUGGUUGGUAUACUAAGAGAGUGUGGGUUUAAGCCCGAUUGCUUUGUCUAUAAUACAAUUAUGAAGGGUUACUGUGUGUUGAGUAGAGGAAGUGAGGCCAUUGAGGUUUAUAAGAAAAUGAAGGAGGAAGGAGUGGAGCCUGAUCUUGUUACGUACAACACUUUGAUUUUUGGGUUAUCCAAAUCUGGGAGAGUGACUGAAGCUAAGAAGUACUUGAAAAUCAUGGUAGAGUCGGGUCUUUUUCCUGAUGCUGUUACUUACACUUCAUUGAUGAAUGGGAUGUGCAGAAAAGGGGAUGCAUUGGGUGCAUUAGGAUUGCUAGCAGAGAUGGAAGAAAAAGGGUGCAGUCCAAAUUCAUGCACGUAUAAUACAUUGCUUCAUGGGUUAUGCAAGGGAAGAUUGUUGGAGAAAGGCAUUGAAUUAUAUCUGGUGAUGAAGGAAGGUGGUAUGAAGCUUGAGACAGCUUCAUAUGCUACGUUUGUGAGGGCACUUUGCAGGGAGGGAAGGGUUGCUGAUGCUUAUGAGGUGUUUGAUUAUGCAGUAGAGAGUAAGAGUUUAGCUGAUGUUGCUGCUUACUCGACAUUGGAGAGUACCCUGAAAUGGCUGAAGAAAGCCAGAGAGCAAGGCCUAGCUGUUUAACUGAUGUAGAGAUGCACUCUUAAGCUCAUCAACCACGAAAAUUAAGAAUGACUAAGGUAAAUAAUUUAGUUGAUUGCUUUAUCAUAUGUUGAUAUCUUUAGGGAAUAUAAUUGUUGGAAAUGAUUUAGUUUUAUACCCAUAAUGCUGGAGUAUCUAUAAACAUUAGCUAAUUUAAAAUUUCACCAGUAAGUAUUUUGAAAUUACAAGUAUACGAGUAGAUCAAGUACUAGCUGAGGUUGGCACUUUUGUUUUCUAAACCUUUAUCACUUAUUAUUGGUGCUUGUUGGGGUGGCUUGAGUUGUAAUUCAAUUAUUUGGAAAGCAGCUGCCUGUCACAAGCACUUGGUAGGCCAUUAAACCACUUGACUUUUGUGGUAAUUUACUUCUUAAUCAAUGUUUAGAUGAUAUGUAGUUGUUGCAACUUGAUUGGCUAUUUAUGAAUUAUGAUAGUCAAUAGUCUACACUUAUAGUCUGAUUCAUAAAGGCAUUUUUGCACACUUAGCUCCUUCAAGUCUUUGGUCUCAUAUGAACUGAUUGCUUCUUUUGUUUGCUUAGGUGUACAGGCAACUUUUGUAUGUUUAUUUAUUUUGGGUAUAUUUUUUCUUAAUUUCCUUCUUUCCUUUUUUUUUCCUCCUUCAUUUUCUUUAUAAUGAUAUCCUUUCAUCCUUUUUUUUUCCUUUCUCUCUUUUUUUGUUUUUCUUCCUGGGGUUGUGGGCUUGAUGAUACUGCUUGGUAUAGAGUUGGUUACUUAUGAUUCUUUCUGUUCACAUUUUAAAUUAUUUAGGUAGAUUGCUUGUGUAUUUGAUCAUUUAAACUUGAAAAUUAAUCAUCCUUUUCCCCUUCUAGCGGGUAGUUCUCAUGCCUACUAAUCAAGAGGCUUCUCUCAAAUUAUGUUGAUAUAUAAUACAUUUGUAUUAAGCUACUGGGCUGAGAGUUGAGACUAUGGAUGAAUUCUUUUUAUUUCUUCAAAACUGAGGAGGAUGUAUCAUUUUGUUACUUCUGGGCUUUGCUUGGUUUCUGAUGCUUUUAUGAUUCUAUUUCUCAUGCGCUGUAAAUGCAUAUAUGUGCUUUUGGUUUUCUGGGCGUUAUAUUAAGCAUCAUCUCAAAACUGAAUGGAACCAAAUUUAUUUAUUUUGGUUUGGUUUGGUUUAUUUUGUUUACAGUAAUUGGUUUGGUUUUCAUAAUUCUAACCAUUCAGUUUUUGGUUUGAACCAAACUGAUGCAUACCUCUGUGAGUCUGUGUUUUGUUAAAAAGUGCUCCCAUUACACCUCAAAAUUUGUACUCUGUUAUCUCUAGUUUACUAUCGUCAGCAGUACUUAUCUCUAGGUUUUGUAGGCGCUCUGUUGGUUUGAGUUGUUAACAACCUU